GAAUCUCUUUGGACCAGAAAAAAGACAAAAUUUAAACAGUAUCAAGAGACCCGUGACCAGGUAUGCUCCAACGAGUUUGUGGCAGAAGUAGCGAGAAGGUGGAAAAGGGUUCACAGAUGACAAUAGGGGAAGCGGCGGCGGCUUCAACGCUGGUCAUGGCCUUCGUCAUAGGCCUUCUCUGCCUUUACCUAACCAUGCCUGAUUCUGAUUACACAUUCCUCAAGCUCCCUCGUACCCUCCAAGAUCUCCAGCUCCUCCGAGACGACCUUGAGAGGUAUACGAGUGAGUACACUGCAAAAGUGCUGGUGGGGUGCUGCUUGGUUUAUAUUUUCAUGCAGACUUUGAUGUUUCCUGGGACUGUGUUCUUGUCAUUGCUUGCUGGAGCUCUCUUUGGGAUCCUCAAAGGUUUAGUUCUGGUCGUGUGCACUGCCACAGUAGGAGCUUCUUCUUGCUAUUUCUUGUCAAAACUCGUUGGUCGGCCCAUUGUGUUGUCUCUUUGGCCAGACAAGCUCAGGUUCUUCCAAAACCAGGUGGCAAAGAGAAGGGAGAAUUUGUUGAACUAUAUGCUUUUUCUGAGACUGACUCCAACGUUGCCUCAUACAUUCAUAAAUGUUGCUUCGCCCAUGGUGGACGUGCCUUUUCAUAUAUUUUUCCUGGGAACUUUCGUGGGACUCAUACCAGCUGCUUUUGUCACAGUUAGGGCUAGGUUUGCUCUGGGAGAGUUGAAAGCUUUGAGGGAUCUGUAUAAUUUCAACUCAAUCGCUACAUUGUUUCUUAUUGGGAUUGUUUCAGUUGUGCCCACACUGAUGAGCAAGAGCAAGUCAUAGUAUUGCAGUUGCAGGGGCCAGCCUUUUCUUGUGCCUUGUGGUUCCAUAUUCUUCUGUUAUUUUCCUUCAUCCAAAGAUUAUUAGUAACUUCUCUAGCACA